CUGCCUUCCCUUCCUUGAAAAAAGCAGACAGAUCAAACCAAGACGCCAGCUGCGGCUCAGCGAGCCAUGAAGAAUUCAGAAGGCCGGAAUCUUUUGAGCAGUGGGUGGGCGCCAACUUCACUGGUGCCUGCGGUUCUUAUGAUCCUCGGGUCUCUUGUGAUUCUGGGGCUCCUCUACUCUUCCGGCUACAAUCAGAAAGCAUGGAACUUUUUUCUCUCUUUCCAGAGUACAGGGGACCCUCUUGAUGCUGUACUACGAAGAGUGGCCAUGGAGAACAAGACCCUCAUCAUCACGGGGAUAAACAAGCCAUACGCAGGGAACAACAGCAUGCUGGAGCUCUUCCUCGAGGCCUUCCGGCAAGGAGAGGACACGCAGCACCUGCUAGAGCACUUGCUCGUCGUGGCCCACGACCAGCCGGCCUUCGAGAGGUGCCAGCAGCUCCACCACCACUGCUACAGGUUGGUCACCGACGGCGUCGACUUCGCCGGAGAGAAGAUGUUUAUGAGCCAGGAUUACCUGAAGAUGGUGUGGAGGAGGACCCUCUUCAUCGGAGACGUGCUCAAGCGAGGAUACAACUUUAUCUACACUGAUGCUGACAUAGUGUGGUUCCGGAAUCCAUUCAAGCGAUUUACUGCAGAUGAUGAUGUGCAGAUGAGCUGUGACCAUUACGACGGCAGGCCCUACGAUACCAAGAACGCCGCCAACACCGGCUUUCAUUUCGCGAGAUCAAACAAGAAGACGAUCAAAUUUUACGAUCUAUGGUACGAGAGCAGUAAGAACUACUCAAAGAUGCAUGAUCAAGCUGCACUGUACAUUCUCAAGGACCGUGGCAUCAUUGAGCAACUGGGCCUGAAGUUCAGGUUUCUGGACACGCUCUACUUUGGUGGGUUCUGCCAGAAAAGCAGAGACCUGAGGGAGGUCAACACGAUGCACGCAAACUGCUGCCGGAGCAUAAAGGCGAAGUUGGCUGACCUGAGGGCUUCGCUUCAGCAGUGGAAGAAAUUCGUUUCUGCCAAAAACUUCAGUUCCAGUGGGUCGUGGCCGAGACACACGAAUUGCAUCAAUUCAUGGAGGACUACGCCUACUCUUACUAACUGAUUUUGUGAGAGUACCCAACGUUUAGUUGAAAGGAUUUCAUCGGUACCAACAGUGUUGCAUUUUCCUUCAAUUUGUAGAAGAAAAGAGAUGCAUUUAACCCUUAGGAUGAACUAUAAUAAAUUUAGUUUCUUCAAGUGUGAAAUACCUUUUAGGGAGUCUAUAACAUACUGUUGACUGUACUAUGAAGUAAAAUAAUAUACUUUUGUCCAUCUAUUAC